GCGCGCGUAUUGAAACCGUAUCCCGCAGUAUAUAGGUGCAGUGCAUAACAACAACAAGAUCUACCCCUUCCCAGCUAUUCUCAUACGACUAGGACUGGCCUUCCUCAGCAUACGCCGUACGUUUCAACCCUGGAGAUAACGAUUAUGCUUUUGAAUUUCAUUCCCCCUCCUGCUCGUUCCGAUACCACCAUGAUCUCGAAAGUGUUUCGAGGCAAGCGUCGAGGCUCCGCUGUAGCUGUGCCGUGUAGCCCACCGCCCCAGCCCGAGAUACAAAGGCCAAAACGCACACUACCGCCCGACCUUCAACGCUGGAGCGACUUUGAGGACCCGUUCCCCUCAGUCAGCGUGGGCGGAUACAUCAGGUAUUACCGCUCUCGCGCGAACAGCGUAAAAGAACCAUCGCAUAUCUCUAUACCUUCACUAUGCUGCGCACCACCACCUUCCUCUCUAUCCGACAGUGCCGUCGUCGUCCCCACUGCCCCACUUUUCCCAUCAUGUUCCUCAUCCGCAGCAUCUUCUCCAACAAAACAUAUGGAGAAAUUGGCUGACAUUGCUGAAGCCAAAGUCUCUUCGGAAACACUCUCCCCGGCAAUCACCCGAGCUUCUCCCGCUUGUAAUUCGUCGCCGCCUCCACUACCCAGAGUGAACUCGCUUCGAAGGAAGCGGAGGAGACUGCUGCGUACCCCGAGCAUUGAGCGCGAUUUCGCCGUAUCUGCUCGUCAGCUCUUUGCUUCGCAUAUCUCACUUUCGUUGUCGACUUCUUCUUCCUCUGAUCCGCACUACCCCACUUCUCAUUCCGUGGACUCCAACUGUAGUAGUGGUGAGGAGUCGCCGUUGACCCCGCUUUCAAGGAGCUCCUCCUCCGCCUCCGCCUCCUCCUCCUCCGCUUCCGCCAAGUCUCCAACAACACCCUCCAGCGAAAAGCCCCCGGUGACGGUUGUCGUUGGCGUGGAUGAUCCUACGACUUUAUUAAUGACCCCGGACGCAGAAGAGAAAGGAGAUCAUGCGCGGUUAGACGUUGACGUUGAUGUUGAUUUGUUGGCGUUGGCGGGAAGACCAGACACAUGGGCAUCUUAUUAUACUGCGCUCAGCGAUUUCGAUGACAUUUAG